UGUGAACUAGAUCUCCAACCUGUAUCAAUGGCCUGCUCAGGUUGUCCGCUCAUCGGUCAGUCCUCCCUCACUAAAUACAGGAACUUCAAGGUGCUUCCCGCUGGCAAGUGCUACCAUGUCAGCUUUCUCCACGAUCAUUCAAUACGUUGUAAAGCGUGGGUUCAUACCGCGAUCACCGAACUGAGCAAAGAGGGGUUCAAGUGCUUCGACCUCAAUCGUGAUGGUAUCCCAAAGCUCUCGCUUCAAAAACAAAAAAUCAAUGCGUUUAAAAGAUCGAAAACAGUAAUAGUUCUGCUUACAGAAAAGUGUUUAAAGAAUAGAACAUUUCAGCGAGAUUUGGAUAUUUUGACGGCAGAGGAUAUAUUUCAUUGUGGUGAGAAUUUAUAUGAGAAGAUUUUACCACUUUGGUUGGACAUCGUUGAACUCCCCGAUUCGUUGUCAUACGUGCAGGCACUGGAUGCUAGCUCGUCGCGCGACAUAUGGUGGGAUAGACUAGUUCUUGCAAUAGAUUUUGAAAGGAUGGAUUACUCCGGUAAUGAACCCGACGACAUAACUGCAUUUAGUGAAGAAUUUGAAAAAAUGACAAAUAAAUUAAAGUUACUUGGUAGACGUCAGAUUUCAAAUUUGUUACACAAACCGGUGGUUCUUGAAUUGUACCACUUUCUGGCGCAAUGCGCUGAUGAACGUGUGCUCCUGACCGUGAUGGAAUCCAACGGCGUUUAUAUAAUAGACAGGGGUGUGUACCCUGUCGGACUUCGGUGCUCGUUGGAGUCUUGUGACCAAUAUAUGACUAUUGACCAACUGACCUACAUGUAUAAGCGCGAUGCACCAGAUGGGGCAUGGAUGCACCUUGACAUAGGUCAUGGUAAAUGGGAAAGAAUUGAAAUAAACUUGUGCAUGCUGUGGGAUCUUCCUGGCACUUGUCAUACGGAAACCGUAUUCGUAAAGUUACCACAGGUGCGAGAUAUGGUGUUUGUUGUACACGCGGACUUCAAACAACAAGGUGUAUCAGAUUUACAAACUUGUGGACAAUGUCGAUUUUCCCGUAGGGAAACACAAUGCUUGGAAAACAGUCAGGAGGCAUGUCUUACCCUCAUCUUGGAGAAGCAAUUAGGAAAGAAGCACUAUGCGUACUACUUUGUACCAUUUUCUGGGACUGAUACAAACGCAUUGGAAGAGGCCAAACAGAUACUGAAUUUGUAAUAUACAUCACCCAUGUGAUCACCCUU